AUGGCGAGGCCUAGUCACAGUGAACAUGUCCUUCAGCAGCUCAACAACCAGCGGGAAUGGGGCUUUCUAUGUGACUGCUGUAUCGCUAUUGGGGAUAUUUACUUCAGGGCUCAUAAGGCUGUCCUAGCAGCCUGUAGUUCCUACUUCAGGAUGAUGUUCAUUCGAGAUCAGCAGGGAACAGCACGUCUUGAUCUCAGCAAUAUGCAAAUCAGUGCUGAGUGCUUUGACCUAAUCCUGCAGCUUAUGUAUCUUGGCCGUAUUGUAGUUGGCCACUACGAGUUUGAGGAGCUCAAGUCCUCCAUGGCCUAUCUGCAGAUGUACUACAUCCCUGACUCACUUGAGGACCUGCGGGACAUCCGCACUUCCAAUCUAACACCAUCCUCAUCUGCCUCUUCUUCCUCCUCGUCUAGCUCUUCAUCUACCUCCAGUGCAGUCGGAGGAAAGAUGAUGUUUGGUGUUCGGAUGUUUGAGCAGCAGAGGCCCAGCCCUGCAGAAGGCGAACGCAUACCCAAGAUUGCGACCCCAUCAACACGCCAUAGCACAAACGUUUUGACUGUCAAACCUGUUGAAGAGGUGGUUAUACCCCUCCCUCGUCCACACUCUGAAAGUAUGCCCGAGCAGCCAUGUGAUUUGAGAAAGAGGACCUCAGGCCGGAGCUCUGCCUUGAAAGAGCGGCCCAGGUUUGGUCGCACUUACACUUGUGAUGACUGCGGAUUCGUCUUCAGCUGUGAGAAGCUGCUCAUUGAGCACAUCCUCACGUGUACUAACCGCAAGGCAUUCCAGCCACCCAGAGUUGGCAAAGAGACUGACAAUGACUCCAACAAGGCUGAGAGCUCUGCCUCUGAGGGGGAGCAUAAAGUCGUUUGCAAGGGUGAAGAUGACUGGGCAGACCACAAGUCAGACUCAGAGACUGUAAUCCGAUCUGUGGGCACUGGAAUGGACAAUGAGCCUGCUUCCUCGCAAAACAUAAACAUUAAAAUGGAGCACGAGGAAGACUCAGAAUCAGAGAUAGAAAAUAUCAAAGUGAUCCAGGUGGGAAAACAUACUAUAGGCAGCUGCAGCUUACGCCGCAGGGGAUAUAAAGACAUUGUUGGUGACCAGACAACCAGAUUUGACAGUGAGGAAGAGGCUGGAGUGUCAGCCAUGGAAAAAGGAAGCAGUUCCUUCGAGAGGCAUAUGACUAGCAGUGAAGAGUCAGGGUCAGCCCCAAAAGUGCCAAGGAUUAAAGAAGAGAAGCAAGAUGGGGAAUGCACACCUUGUGAAUUGUGUGGGACCUUGCUUGCAGAGGAGGACCAGUCAGCCCAUUACAUCUCCAGCCACAUGGGACAUAUCUGUGCUUGUGGAAGGUGUGGCCAAGUGCUGAUCAAAGGCCGGCAGCUGCAGGAGCAUGCUGAGCGCUGCGGUGAGCCACAGUGUGCGGAGACAGACUCUCCAGAGGAAGAUUCCCCAAUCCCAGAGGAUGGGCAAGCCAUGGAGGAGAGUUUAUUGGAGGGUGCUGACUUGGGUUUCCGGUGCCCACUUUGUGGCUUGGUGUUCGAAACGGAAAGUCUGGCUGUGGAACACACGCUAGCGUGUCCUGAGCAGGAGCCCUUCCGUCCAACCCUGAUGGAGGAUGGAGCCGAGCCGGAUCAUCGACGCAAGCAUUUCUGUGGGAUCUGUGGUAAAGGUUUCUACCAGCGCUGUCACCUUCGAGAGCACUACACGGUGCACACCAGGGAGAAGCAGUUCACAUGUCAGACGUGCGGGAAGCAGUUCCUGCGUGAACGCCAACUUCGGCUUCAUACUGACAUGCACAAGGGCAUGGCACGAUAUGUCUGUCCCGUCUGUGACCAGGGUACCUUCCUCAAGCAUGACCAUGUGCGUCACAUGAUCUCUCACCUGUCCGCUGGAGAGACUAUCUGUCAAGUGUGUUUCCAGAUCUUUCCUAGCAGCGACCAUUUAGAGAAGCACAUGGACGUUCACCUGUACAUCUGUGGUGUGUGCGGUGAGAAAUUCCGCCUCCGUAAAGACAUGCGGAGCCACUACAAUUCCAAGCACACAAAGAGACAAUAA